AUGUUUAUCGAAAACCCGACCGAACCUGCAACAGUCAAAUUAGAAUUGGAAAAUAUACAAAUAAGAGACCAACUACUCCAAUGUGAAUAUAUGUACAUUGCUGGAAAUCUUUGUUUUAUUUCUAAAUUUCAGACAAUUCGCGAACCAGUACAAUGUAUGAACUGCUAUAGAUUCAACCACGUCACGUUAGUAUGUAAAUCAGAACAAUAUUGUAUAUCGUGUGGAGAUACAAAAGACUGUACAUCAACUGUGUUUAAAUGUGUCAGUUGUGGUCAAAAUCAUCGUGCCGAUAAUAAAGAUUGUAUUAAAUAUCAAGAAUUAAUUGAAAAAUUAAAACAGCAACAACAUAAUGAAUAA